CCUCAUCGACCUGCUUACGCAUUUGAUUUAAUAAGGCCUUUCCAAUCAUGUAGUAACAUGUAUACAUACAUGUUAAUUCUAAUCGAUAUCUGCGCUAGAUUCUGCGUACUGAAGCCCCUACUAGACAAAAAGGCUAAAACCGUUGCAGAUGCCAUGGUUGAUACAUUUUCCUUACUUGGUUAUCCUAGACACUUUGUAUGUAGUGAUAAUGGCUCAGAAUUCAAAAUGAGAUUCUAGAAAACAUGUUCAAUGCAAUGGGCAUUGAUAGGAGAUAUACCACUCCUUACCAUCCCUCGGCUAAUGAUGCGGCUCAACGUUAUGUCCAAACUUCCAGG